AUGUCCGGCGACGAGGACUUCUACCUCUUCGCCAACGUGUCCUCGGUGGGCCCCUGGGACGGGCCGCAGUACCACAUCGCCCCGCCAUGGGCCUUCUACCUGCAGACGGCCUUCAUGGGCAUCGUCUUCUUCGCGGGCACCCCGCUCAACGCCAUCGUCCUCAUCGUCACCGUCAAGUAUAAGAAGCUGCGGCAGCCGCUCAACUACAUCCUGGUCAACAUCUCCCUGGGCGGCUUCAUCUUCUGCUUCUUCUGUGUCUUCAUGGUCUUCAUCUCCAGCUCGCAGGGCUACUUCAUCUUCGGGCGGCACAUGUGCGCGCUGGAGGGCUUCACGGGCUCCACGGCAGGGCUGGUGACGGGCUGGUCGCUGGCCUUCCUGGCCUUCGAGCGCUACAUCGUCAUCUGCAAGCCCUUCGGCAACUUCCGCUUCAGCUCCAAGCACGCGCUGGUGGUGGUGGCGGCCACCUGGGUCAUCGGCAUCGGCGUCUCCAUCCCCCCCUUCUUCGGCUGGAGCAGGUACAUCCCCGAGGGCCUGCAGUGCUCAUGCGGCCCCGACUGGUACACGGUGGGCACCAAGUACAAGAGCGAGUACUACACCUGGUUCCUCUUCAUCUUCUGCUUCAUCGUGCCCCUCUCCCUCAUCAUCUUCUCCUACUCGCAGCUGCUGAGCGCCCUGCGGGCCGUGGCCGCGCAGCAGCAGGAGUCGGCCACGACGCAGAAGGCGGAGCGCGAGGUGUCCCGCAUGGUGGUGGUCAUGGUGGGCUCCUUCUGCGUCUGCUACGUGCCCUACGCGGCCCUCGCCAUGUACAUGGUGAACAACCGGGACCACGGCCUCGACCUCCGCCUGGUCACCAUCCCUGCCUUCUUCUCCAAGAGCGCCUGCGUCUACAACCCCAUCAUCUACUGCUUCAUGAACAAGCAGUUCCGCGCCUGCAUCCUGGAGACGGUGUGCGGGAAGCCCAUGACGGAUGAGUCGGACAUCUCCAGCUCGGCCCAGAAAACCGAGGUGUCGUCCGUGUCCUCCAGCCAGGUGAGCCCCAGCUGA